UUCUGUUCAGUGAACACUAGAGGGCUGCAAUGAGCUUAUGUACGACCGCAACCAAUGGACCUUCAAAAACUAUCGCAUUUUCUUCAUCGGACUGGGUAAAAAAAAAUACUGCAAACUGACUGCAUGUUAUGUUGACGUCCGCGGUGGAGAUCCUACAGCCUUUGACCGUGAUCGACUCCGAGGGGCUGCCUGAUUGGACAAAAGGAUAAUCCCAGGGCUAUAUACUACUGUCCUCCACACCGUCCUCUCAUCCACUAACAAUCUCCGGGCUCUGCACUAGUGCCGCAGCUCCUCGCCGGAGUCAUACCUGGAUGACCGGGGACGGGCCCGCCUGGAGAAAUGUAUUUAUGAUGCAUUGGAUUUCUGAGCGGUAUUAUUAGCAGGCGUCAGAUCCCAAACUUUGCUGCGGUGGUGGAACACCGCAGGCUGCAGGACUCGGAACCCGUGUUCCGCACAACAGACGCAGUGGUUUGGAUGGUGGAGGUGCAGACGGGAUCGCUCGCUUUCUCCAUGAACUAGAAUCACAUGUCAGUGAGGGGGUCAGUACUAGCAAACUUCUCUCAAGGAUAGCCAGCGUCUUUCUCUCUGCCCCAGUUUGGGGAGACUGAGGAAGUCAUAGCCUAACAUGUCUACGAUUCGAAGGAAGUUUGCCGAGGACUACCGGUUGGUCCACACCGACCAGGGGGUCCAUACCGACCAGGUGGUCCAAACCGACCAGGGCGCCCCUCUCUCCAAGCCCGCCAGGCAGAAGAGGCAGCGGCUCGUGGAGAAGAACGGCCGCUGCAACGUGCAACACGGUAACCUGGGAGGGGAGAGCGGCCGCUAUAUCUCCGACCUCUUCACCACCCUGGUGGACCUCAAGUGGCGCUGGAAUCUGCUAAUCUUCAUCCUGACCUACACGGUGGCCUGGCUGGUCAUGGCCUCCAUGUGGUGGGUCAUUGCCCUCAUCCGCGGCGACCUCCGGCCGGGCGGCCACGAUGCGUCCCACACGCCGUGCGUCGCCAACGUGUACAACUUCCCGUCCGCCUUCCUGUUCUUCAUCGAGACCGAGGCCACCAUCGGCUACGGCUACCGGUACAUCACCGAGAAGUGCCCCGAGGGCAUCGUCCUGUUCCUCUUCCAGUCGCUGCUGGGCUCCGUGGUGGACGCCUUCCUCAUCGGCUGCAUGUUCAUCAAGAUGUCGCAGCCCAAUAAGCGCGCCGAGACGCUGAUGUUCAGCCGCACCGCCGUGCUCUCCCGGCGGGACGGUCGGCUGUGCCUCAUGUUCCGGGUGGGGAACCUCAGGGACAGCCACAUGGUGUCAGCACAGAUCCGCUGCAAACUUAUCAAGUCAAGGCAGACCUCUGAGGGGGAAUUCCUGCCCCUUGACCAGUGUGAGCUGGACGUGGGCUUCGGCACGGGGGCGGACCAGCUCUUCCUGGUGUCCCCGCUCACAAUCUGCCACCAGAUCACCAGCCGGAGCCCCUUCUUCGAGCUGUCGCAGCGCUCCCUCCGAAGCGAGCAGUUUGAGAUCGUGGUCAUCCUGGAGGGCAUCGUGGAGACCACCGGGAUGACAUGCCAGGCCCGGACAUCCUAUACCGAGGAUGAGGUACUCUGGGGGCAUCGCUUCCUCCCAGUCAUGUCCCUGGAGGAUGGCUUCUUCCGGGUGGACUACUCCCAGUUCCACAACAACUUUGAGGUCCCCACACCCCCGCACAGUCCUGUCUGUUCUGCCAAGCCACAGCUUUAAGAAGUAUAUAUUCUCUCAUAUUUAAUUUAUACUUUCUGUUAUAGCCCCAUGCAUUCCUGACGUUACUGUUAAACACCAUUUCAUUGGAUUAAAUUGGAUAUUUACUUCACACCGAUUCUUCCUAUACACAUGUUCAUAAUUCUGGAGGAAGGUUAAUGCACAUAACG